UAUAUUUUUUUAGAAAGCCCGCUAAGAAAUAGGCGGGUGAUCAUAUAACUCACCAAAUAAAAAAUUUUAUUUUCUUUAGAACUCGCUUCUUUUGUAUAUAUAACUCACGAAAUACAUUUUAUUUUUUUAUAGAAGCAUAUAUAUCUCUCUUUCUAUAGUCUAUUGUCUAUUCUAUUGAACUCUUUUAUUUCAGUUCUUCCUUCAUUCAUCCACCCCAAUCCCUUGAGAUUUGAAAUCCUCCUCUGUUCGUGAGAUCUGAGAUUGGCCAGAACAAUUGACCGAGAAAGGCUGCAAUUGUUCCUCAGCCAUUUGUUGUUGUCACUGAGGGAAAAGAAAAAGCUCACCCCGAUAGCUCUUCAUUUGUGCUUAUGAUAUGCAGAUGGAUAAAAAUUGGAUCCAUCUUAACAGAACAACUGAAGAAUAUGAGAAGAAAGCUAGGGAGUUUGUUAAAACAGCAGUAAUAAAUCUUGGUUUUCCGACCAAGAUUCUUUGUCCAUGCAACAAAUGUCACAAUUUAAGACAUCAACUUUUAGAUGAAGUUGUCAAACACUUAGUGUUUUGGGGCAUGGAAAGAUCUUACAAAAUAUGGUUUCAUCAUGGGGAAGAUCAGAUUCAAUUGAAAGAAGCACGACAAAGACAAGUUCUGAAUAUGAUUUAUUUUGGGCUGCUGGAGUUCAUUCAAGUAAUGUCAAUGAUUUUGACAACAAUAAUGAUGAGGUUGAUUUUGAUAGUCUAUUAGAAGAUGCUGAGUCUCCAUUGUAUGAAGGUUGUACAAAGUACACAAAAAUUUCAUCCAUUGUUGGGCUAUACAAUCUAAAAACAAAGCAUGGAUUGUCAGAUGUUGGCUUUUGUGAGAUGUUAGAGAUGAUCAAAGCAAUGUUGCCAAAAAGAUAAUCUCUUGUUAACAUCUAUUUAUGCAAUUAAAAAGUUUUUAAAGACGUUUGAUCUAAACUAUAAGCAUAUCCAUGCUUGUGUGAACGAUUGUUGUUUGUAUACAAGAGAAAAUGCUAAUGCCCAAGUAUGUCCCACCUGUCAGUAUCCAAGGUGGAAGCAAAAUGAAGACACAGGGGAGAUUUUACAAGGACAACCUGCAAAAUUGUUAAGAUAUUUUCCUAUUACACCAAGAUUUCAAAGGAUGUUUAAACAUGAAAAAACAGCUACAAGUUAAAGUGGCCCGCAACUAACAAACGAAUGGAUGGGAAAAUGGGCCACCCAGUAGAUUCAGAGGCUUAGGAUGUGAUUAAUGAUAGAUGGCCAGAUUUUUCACUCGAAUCUAACAACCUUCGAAUAGGACUUGCUGCUGAUGGGGUUAAUCCCGACAAAAAUAUGAGUUCUACAUAUAGUUGUUGGUCGAUAAUUCUUGUUGUCUACAAUUUACCACCAUCGAUGUGCAUGAAGGAUGAAUUCACCUUUCUAUCUAUGUUGAUUCCUGGGCCUAAAAAACCUGGAAAUGAUAUAGAUGUUUACUUGGAGCCCUUAAUCGAUGAGUUACUUGAAUUAUGGAAAGGCGUUUAUACAUAUGAUGCUUCUAUAAAGAAGUUUUUUAAUUUAAAGGUCAUGUUAUUAUGGACUAUAAACGAUUUUCUAGCUUAUGGAAACUUGGCUGGAUGUGCAACUAAAGGGAAGUAUGGAUGUCCAGUAUGUGGUGAAAACUCAAAUGUUGUUUGGUUGAAGCAUAGCAAGAAGAUGUCCUUUUGGAAUCAUAUUCGAUUUCUACCACAAGAACACCAUUAUCGAAAGAAGAAAUAUAAAUCUGCAAGAGCAAGGGAGAGAGCACCACAAUGUCCAACUAUAAUGACCGGUGUUGAAGUAGUUGAGCAGUUAAGCAAAGUAACAAACGAUUUUGGAAAGGGCAAAAAGCGAGUCCGUGGUACAGAGAUAGAAAAAAGGUGGAAGAAGAAGUCUAUUUUUUUUAGGCUACCUUAUUGGGAGGUAUUGGUUGUUCGCCAUAAUCUUGAUGUUAUGCAUGUUGAGAAAAAUGUUUGUGAAAGCAUACUUAACACAUUAUUGGAUUGUAAAGGAAAAUCAAAAGAUCACUACAACUCAAGAUUAGAUUUGACAGAGAUGGGCAUAAUGUCUCAUCUCCAUCCUUAUGAAGAUAAGAGCAUUACUCGUCUUCCUGCUGCAGCAUACACUCUUUCAAAAUUAGAUAAGAAUUUAUUUUGUAAGAGGGUAUUUGACUUGAAAUUGCCUUAUGGAUAUAGUUCUAAGAUUAGCAACUGUGUAGAUUUGAAAAAACAGAAGCUAAUAGGACUUAAAUCUCCUGAUUGUCAUGUGAUUAUGCAACAAUUGUUGGCUGUUGCUAUAAGGGGUUUGAUGGAAGAUCGUUGUAGAGAGACAAUUCUUCGACUUUGUCGAUUUUUUUAUGGAUUGUGUCAGCGUGUUGUUGAGAAGGAGGAGAUUAGAAAAUUAGAAUUAGAAGCUGCUGAAAUUCUUUACAAAUUGGAAGAAUAUUUCCCACCUUCUUUCUUUGAUCCAAUGAUUUCACCUGGUUGUCCAUUUAGCACGAGAAGUUAGACUUUGUGGUCCGGUGCACUUUCUAUGGAUGUACCAUUUUGAAAGGUAUAUGAAAGUAUUGAAAGGUUUUGUAUCAAAUUAUGCACGACCAGAAGGAUGUAUUGCGAAUCGCUAUCUUGCUGUUGAAUGUGUACGCUUUUGUGAGACAUUUUUGAAGCAAAAUGAUGAUCAAGAUACUACAUUGAUUGAAGAAAAUCCACUAUCAGUUGCUGAAUGCUUUGAACUUAACCAAGCAAACAUUUCAAUAGCACAUCGAUAUGUGUUGUUCAAUUCAGAUAGUGUAGCACCAUUUCUCAAUAUCCAUAUGGAUGAGUUGAAAGAAAUGCAUCUAGAAUUGAAGAACAAUCAAACUUUAUUGUGGAAUCGACAUUCUGAAAGUUUCCCCUUAUGGUUUUAUGAGAAGGUUAGACUGUAUUACAAAAACAAAAGUGAAUAUUUAGACUUCUUAUACAAAUUGAUGACCAUAAUAUUUUUAUUUUUCAGAUUUCUAAAUCUAACAAGGUAGAUGAUAUGCUGGCACAAUUGGCUGAAGGCCCAAGUCGUAGUGUUACUUCCUACAAAGGUUACAUGAUUAAUGGAAUUCGUCUCCAUAAGAAAGGAGUUGAAAAAAUGACUCAAAAUAAUGGUGUAUACUUGGAAUCACAUGGCAGUGGGCAAUUGAAUGAGAAAGAGGAGUAUUUUGGUGUUAUCAAUGAUAUAAUAAUGCUUGAUUAUCGUACAUUUAAAGUGCCACUAUUUCAGUGUGAUUGGACGAAUAUUUGAAAUGGUGUAAAGAAGUUAGAUUUCUAUACACUUGUAAAUUUUAAUAUAGGUCAAGCUCAAUCGAUUAGGGAUCCAUAUGUGUUAGCAUCACAAGUUAAAAAAGCCUUUUAUGCAAGGGAGAAUGAGUCAUCUAAUUGGUAUAUAGCUUUAAAAGAUUCAAAUAGAGGGUGUUUUGGGGUAGAAUCUAGUGAUUCUGUAGAGCAUUAUAAUGAAGAACAUUGAGUUUCAUUUUUAUAUCCUAAUGUAUUUUGAUUGAGAUAAUUUUUUUUGUAUUUUUCCAUAUGUACUUUUGGUAUAUUAUGAUUAAAAUAAUUGUAGUUUUAUUUAUUCGCUAGUU